AUGCAGCUUAGUGAAUUAGAGAAAGGAAUGGUUAGAUGUUUUGGUUUAUCUCUUUGGUUGGAUUUGAAUUCUAUUAUUGGAGUUGGAAGAAGAAGAGGCUCGGGCUUAGUGGUGAGGGCUGGGAAGGCUGCUCUGUGUCUAACCAAGAGAAAUAGGUCCCGGAAAUCUUUGGCUCGAACUCAUGGCUUCCGCAGACGCAUGAGAACCACUGGUGGUAGAGCAAUGUUGAAGCGCCGACGUGCUAAGGGACGGAGGAUCCUCUGCACGAAGACCAAUCCCAACAGUGGAAAACGUGCCUGAUUGUGUCUUUUUCAUAUUCAGUUUAUCAGGUAAAUGAAAUGAAAUGAAAUGUAAUGAUGUCUAAUAGCUGGUUCUUGUGAACAUUGGCGGAAUUUCAAACUUAUUUCACAUGAUAUCCCUUCAGUAUUGUUUCAAUCAGAAAGGCUUUUGUUUGUCCG